AUGGCUAGAGAGCAACCAUACGGGAGGUUUUUGACCCCCAGAGGCUAUGGCCAAGCCCAAUCCUCAAAUAGUCAGUGCUAUGAAUCCAUUUCGGAAGAGGAGGAAGAGAACAGGGGAAAUAAGGGAAACAAUGAUGCUGGAAAACAGAAAGGAGGUAGCUCAAAUGAACUAGUUGCUACAGCCUACUCUCCAGCUAAUAUGAAGCAGAGGAGUAGUCAAAAAGUAAGCUUUAAGGCGCACUUCCUGCCCUCCCAAUUGCGUACCACAAAUGCAACAAUAACACAGGCUAGAGAGUUAUUAAAAGAAGCCUCCAAUGAGAAAGACCUGGGACACUCGCCCUCAAAUUCAAUGAAUUCCCAACAAGCAUCCAGAGGAUCAGUACAAAAAGGGGAUAACAAUCAGCCAAAUGAUGUGUCGACGAAUUCGAAAGGCAGGAUGGGUUUUCAUUUUGCAAAUAUGUGGACGAAAGAAGAAGGAUUUGAAGAAAUAGUGAAGGAGGCCUGGAAUAAUCAUGCAAAUAGGCAACUUGCAGUUACUGAAAGGCUGAAGAGUGUUAGAUUACAAUUGAAGGAUUUCAAAGAAGAGCUGGCGACUUUACAAGUAUCCAAUCCUACAAAACAGCAAAUCCAGAGAAAGAACUUUGAAAUCAUUUGGCAACAACGCUCAAGGGUGGAAUGGCUGAAAGAAUGUGAUAAGAAUGCUAGCUACUUCCAUGAGAAGGCAAGGGAGAAAACAAAGAACAAUUCCAUUCCAGGGGUGUAUAAUUCAAAUGGGCAGUGGUGUACAAAUAGGAGAAUGGUGACUGCAAUGUCAGCCAGAGGUCACCACAUUGAGGCUAUCACAGACACGAUUAGUCCAAAAAUUCCUGAUGGUAUGAAGCAUUUGCUUAUUAAGCCAUAUAGCAGGAAUGAAUUAGACUACCCUGAAGCAAAUGCCUCCAUCAAAAGCACCUGGAAUUGA